AAAAAUUAAAAAAAAAAUAAAAUCUGUACGGCGUUUGAUCGCCGCAAAGCACCCUACACAUACACAACAACCAUUACCGCUGGCGUUUUCUGCAAAAAAAAAACGAACGAAAAUGUCAACCCACAACGACACCAUUUCUUCUUCUUCUUCUUGUGCAACUCCAGGGGGUGAUUUCAGGCUUCGUUGGGAUGUGUUUUUGAGCUUCAGAGGCGAAGACACCCGCCACAACAUCACCAUGAACAUCUACAACUCUCUUCUGAAGCAUGGCGUCCGAGUCUUCUUAGACGACGUCGGUUUAAAUUUCGGGGAUCAAAUCACUCCGAGUCUAUUUAAAGCCAUCGACAACUCGGCCGCUUCAAUCGUCGUUUUCUCGCCCAGAUACGCCGACUCUCACUGGUGUCUGGAGGAGCUGGCUAAGAUUUGGGAGUGCCAAAAAUUGAUCCUUCCUGUUUUCUACCAAGUCAGUCCCUCUGACGUUCGGAGACAGAGGGGACCUUACUUAGAGCAUUUCAGAGUUCAUGAAGAAAAGUUCGGAAACGACAAGGUUUUGACGUGGAAGAAUGCCAUGGAGAAAAUUGGUGGAAUUCGUGGUGUACAUUUGUGGGUUUUCAACAACAGUGAGGAAACUGAAAAGAUUCAAUCCUUAGUCAAAAGGGUCUUGGAGGCGAUAAGCAAUACUCCAAUGGGUGUGGCUCAUCACACUGUUGGACUUGAUUCCCGUAUUGAGAAGUGCAUGGAAUUGUUAGAUGUUAAAUCAAAUGGCAUUCGAGUUCUGGGAUUGAAUGGUAUAGGUGGGGUUGGCAAGACAACCCUUGCAAAGGCUCUCUUUAAUAAACUUGUAGGUCGCUUUGGGUUCCACAGUUUCAUAUCAAAUGUGAGAGAAAAAUCAACUAAGGAAGAUGGUAUUAUAUCUCUUCAAAAUGAGCUUAUUAGUUGUCUUUCCCCUGACAUGGCUCCUGUAACUGAGCAAAAUGCUGGUAUUUCUACAAUCAAAGUCAAAUUAAAUGACAAGCGACUUCUUCUUGUUUUAGAUGAUGUUGACAACGUAAGUCAAGUAAAUGCUCUGAUUGGGAAAAGAGAAUGGUUUUAUGAAGGAAGUCGAAUUAUUAUCACCACAAGAGAUAGAGAAGUCUUUCCCGAUAAUCUUGUGACUGAAUGGUAUGAAGUCACAGAGUUGAAUGAAUCUGAGGCUCUACAACUAUUUAUUUACCAUGCAAUGAAAAUAGAGCCAACAGCUAAAUUUCUUGAUCUAUCCAAGAAAAUUGUGUCUCUUACAGGAUCAUUACCAUUGGCUGUGGAAGUUUUUGGUUCUUUCCUAUUUGAUAAGAGAAGAGUAGAGGAAUGGGAGGAUGCUCUCAACAAACUGAAGAAGAUUCGUCCACGUUCUCUUCAGGGUGUGCUAAAGAUAAGUUAUGAAGGAUUAGAUGAGGAAGAAAAGCGUAUAUUUCUAGACGUUGCAUGUCUAUUUGUUAGAAUGGAAAUGAAGAGAGAAUAUGCGAUUGACAUUUUGAAAGGAUGUGGUUAUGAGGCUGAGUUAGCAAUCACAAACUUCACAGCAAAGUCACUCAUAAAGAUUAAUGAAGAUAACAUUUUGUGCAUGCACGAUCAAAUUAGAGACAUGGGACGACAGAUUGUCAGAGAAGAAAAUGUUGAUGAUCCUUGCAUGCGUAGUAGACUGUGGGAUCGUGAUGAAAUUCUGAAUGUCUUCCACAAUGACAGGGGUAGCGAAUAUAUACAAGGGAUUGUCCUAGACAUCAAACGGAAACAGAGGGUGAAGGAUCCUAGUGGUGCCAGACUAUCUUGGCAAAACCUCCUAAGAAACCCCAAUAUUACUUCUGCCAUUACCUAUUUAACGGAAAGUUACAAAGAAUACCAACAAGAACAAGAAGAGAGAAAGAGAGAGGUUUCAAUUUGCAGUAAACCACUUGGAACAAUGAUCCGUCUUAGAAUGCUUCAAAUAGAUUAUGUCAACAUUGAGGGCAAGUUGAAAAAUCUGCCAGCUGAACUGAAGUGGCUACAGUGGAAAGGGUGUCCUUUGAGAUAUCUUCCUUCUAAUUUUUGUCCUCAGGGACUUGCUGUCCUUGAUCUUUCAGACGAUGGCAAAAUAGAAAGAAUUGGGGAUUGCUUUGGUGACAAGGUGGCUGAGAAAUUGAUGGUAUUAAAUCUUAGUGAUUGCUAUAAACUAGCAGCUCUGCCUAAUUUAUCUGGGAAUCAAGCCUUGAAAAAACUUUUUCUUGAGAAUUGCAAAGGACUGGUUAAGGUCCAUGAAUCUUUAGGCAAUCUGAAUACAUUGCUUCACUUGAAUUUGAGAGGCUGCUCAAAUCUUAUUAAACUUCCUACUGAUGUCUCUGGCCUGAAACGACUUGAGAACCUUAUCCUCUCCGGCUGUUGGAAACUGAAAGAACUGCCAGAAAACAUAGGCAGCAUGAAAUGUUUGAAGGAGCUUCUAGUUGAUGAAACUGCAAUAGAAAACCUUCCCGAAUCUAUUUUCCGCCUUACAAAGCUGGAAAAGCUUAACUUAAAUCGUUGCAGACUUUUGAAAAGACUACCCCAGUGCAUAGGAAAGCUGCAUUCUCUGAAAGAACUCUCCCUUAGUGACACUGGGUUAGAAGAGUUGCCAGAUUCCAUUGGAUCACUGGCAAACCUUGAGAAACUUAGUGUGAUGUGGUGUUCAUCAUUGAAUGUACUUCCUGAAUCCAUUGGAAAUCUCAAGUCUUUAACUGAGUUAUUCAUUUUGGGCAGUCCAAUUAAAGAAAUACCUUUACAUGUUGGUUCAUUGCUAAAUUUGAAGAACUUAUCAGUAGGAAAGGGACAUGCUUUAACCAAAUUGCCUGAUGAGAUUGGAAGAUUAGAUUCUAUCGUUGUGCUUGAGAUAGUUGAGACAUCAAUCAGAGCUCUGCCUGAUCAGAUUGGAGAGCUGAAAUUACUUGAGAAACUUGAGAUGAUGAAAUGUAGAUAUCUCAGAUCAUUACCAGAAUCAAUUGGAAGCCUGAUGAGACUAACUACUUUGGUCUUAUAUGAAGCACAAAUUACUGAGUUGCCGGAAUCAAUUGGGAUGUUGGAAAACCUUAUAAUGCUAAAACUGACCCACUGUAAAGAGCUCUAUAAGCUUCCAGAUUCAAUAGGAAAAUUAAAGUCCUUGCACCGCCUGCUGAUGUUUGAUACUGGGGUGACAGAAUUACCUGAAAGCAUUGGGAUGCUCUCAAGCUUAAUGGCAUUACUUAUGGCAAAGAAGCCUCCUUAUAAUAGUGAGGGUACAGAGGAACCAAUUUCCAAUUCACAAGGGAAAGUUAUGCUCCCAAACUCUUUCUCAAACCUGUCUUUGCUAAAUGAAUUCGAUGCUCGAGGUUGGAAAAUAUGUGGUAAAAUCCAUGAUGAUUUUGAGAAGUUGUCAUCACUAGAAAUUUUGAAGCUUGAUCACAAUCAUUUUUGCAGCCUUCCAUCCAGCCUGAGGGGGCUCUCCAUUCUCAAAGAGCUUUCUUUGCGUGAUUGUAAAAAGCUCAAAUGCCUCCCCCCACUUCCCUCGUGUUUGCUAGAGGUGAAUAUUGCAAACUGUACGGCAUUAGAAUGUAUCUCUGACCUUUCAAACUUGGAGAGCUUAGUGGAACUGAAUGCUACCAAUUGCAUGAAAGUUCAGGAUAUUCCAGGCCUUGAAUGCUUGACGUCCUUGAGAAGGCUAUACUUGAGUUGUUGCAGUUCUUGCCAUUUGGUAAUUAGGAGAAGACUUGCUAAGAACUCAUUGAGGAAAAUACGCAAUCUGAGUAUGCCUGGAAGCAGGAUCCCAGAUUGGCUAUCGCAAGAUGUGAUUAAAGUCUCAGAACACAUAAACCGUGCUAUCAAAGGAGUAGUUAUAGGUGUAGUUGUCUCUCUCAACCAUCAAGUACAAGAUGACUCCAGAGAUCAGCUUCCUGCGAUUGUUGAUAUUCAAGCAAAGAUCCUCAAACUGGAUUUUCCCAUAUUCACUACAGCGUUGAACUUGGUAGGAGUACCAAGUACUGAUGAAGAUCAAGUUCACUUGUGUAGGUAUCCUGUCGAUCAUCCCUUGGUUUCUCAAUUGAAAGAUGGCUAUAACAUACAGGUAACAAAGAGAGAUCCACCACGUACCAAGGGAAUUGAGCUGAAAAAAUCUGGGAUUUAUUUGGUUUACGAAGGUGACGAUGACUACGAGGGAGACGAAGAAUCAUUACCAGGACACCAGCAAUCCAUUUCAGAAAAGUUAGCAAAAUUUUGCAAGAGUUUAGAAGAAGAUGAAUCUGCUUCUGAAUCCAGUGGUGAAGUUACGAGUGAAAUCCAAGAGAUUGAGAGAAGAGAACAAAGAACCUCCUUCUCAGCAUGCAGGGGUUGUUUCUGCUUCUCAUUUCUGUCGGUCAUCUUUGGUUUCGAAAAUUGAAAGAUGGCCAUAACAUAUAGGUAACGAACAGAAAUCCACCAUUUACUAAGGGAAUUGAGCUGAAAAAAUCUGGCAUUUAUUUGGUUUGCAAACGGGACGACGGUUUACUCGAAGCCGUCGAUGACUUGGCUGCUUUGAUCGCCAUUUUCUCGCCCAGAUAGGCCGACUUUCGGGGCUCACUAAGAUUCGGAAGUGCAGGAGACUGAUCCUUUCCGUGCUCUACAGAGUCAGUGCCCCUGACGUACGGUAGCAGAGAGGGCCUUACCGAGAGCAUUUCACAGUUCACAAAGAAAGGUUCGGAAACGACAAGGUUUUGAGGUGGAGGAAUGCCACGGAGAAAACUGGUGGAAUUUCUGGUUGCGAUUUGUGGGUUUUCAAGAACAGUGAGGAAACAGAGAAGAUUCAAUCCUUAGUCAAAAGGGUCUUGAAGGAAUUAAGCAAUACCUCAAUCGGUGUGGCUGCUUACACUGUUGGACUUGAUUCCCGUGUUGAAAAGUGAAUUGGUAGAUGUUAAAUCAAAUGGCAUCCAAGUUCUGAGAUUGUAUGAUAUAGGUGGGGUUGGCAAGACAGCCCCUGCAAAGGCUUUCUUCAAUAAACUUGUAGGUCAAUUUGAGGUCCACAGUUUCAUAUCAAGUGUGAGAGAAAAAUCAACUAAGGGAGAUGGUAUUAUCUCUUCAAAAUGAGCUUUUUAGUUGUCUUUCCCCUGGUACGGCUCCCGUAAGUGAGGUCAAUGCUGGUAUCUCUGCAAUCAAAGUUGGAUUAAAUGACAAGCGACUUCUUCUUGUUUUAGAUGAUGUUGAUAAUGUAAGUCAAGUAAAUGCUCUGACUUUGAAGGAAGUCGAAUUAUUGUCACCACAAGAGAUAGAGAAGUGUUUCCCGAUAAUCUUGUGACUGAAUGAUAUGAAGUCACAGAGUUGGAUGAAUCUCAAUAGAUAAAUUUUCUGAUAUGUCUGAGCAAAUUGUGUCUCUUGCAGGAUCAUUACCAUUGGCUGUAGAAGUCUUUGGUUCUUUCCUAUUUGAUAAGAGAAGAAUAGAGGAAUGGGAGGAUGCUCUUAACAAACUAGAGAAGAGUUGUCCACGUAACCUUCAGAAUGUGCUAAAGAUAAAUUAUGAGGGGUUAGAUCUUUGAUUUAUUUGGUUUACGAAGGUGACGAUGACUAUGAAGGAGAUGAAAAAUCAUUACAAGGAAGCCAGCAAUCCAUUUCAAAAAGAUUAAAAUUUUUUUUCCAGAGUUUAGAAGAAGAUGAAUCUGCUUCUGAAUCCAGUGGUGAAGUUAAAGAGUGAAGUCCAAGAGAUUGAGAGAAGAGAACAAAGAACCUCCUUAGCAGGCAGGUCUUAUUUUGUUUCUGUUUUCAUUAUUUUUCCAUUUAUAUUUAUUUUGAUAGCUUGGUUUUA